AGAUAAUAAGAAGGCCGCAAAGACUUGCUUCAAAAAGGCUGGCCUGGACGACGAGUUGUACCGUCUGGGGCCACACCAAGGUGUUUUUCCGCGCCGGUGUCCUGGGCUCGCUCGAGGAGAUUCGUGACGACUGCCUCGGGAGGAUCAUCACUUAUCUUCAGUCGUGGAUCCGAGGAUUCACCAGCCGCAUUGGCUACCGGAAACUUCAAGAGCAGCGAGUUGCUCUCGUUGUCGUCCAGCGGAACGUGAGGAAGUUCAUGGCCAUGGCCAAUUGGUCUUGGUUUAUUCUCUGGCAGCGAGUGAAGCCACUCCUCCACCAGGAGCGCAUUGAAGACGUGAUUCGCGCCCUGCAAGACCGGGCUUCUUUGGCGGAGGAGAACCUCAACCGCGAACUUACGAAGCGUAAAGACCUAGAAGAAGCAAACCUUGCGCUUGUCGAGGAGAAAAAUAACCUUAUGCUUACCCUGGAGUCAUCUAAGGGAAAUAUUGCCGAGUUCAUGGAGCAGCAGGCCAAACUUAAUGCGCAGAAGAACGAUCUAGAGGCACAGCUAAACGACGCAUCAGAGCGGUUGCAGAGGGAGGAGGAAGCACGCACCAAAUUGUUCCAAGAAAAGAAGAGAGGAGACCAAGACGUUCUGAACAUGAAAAGAGAUGUUGAGGACUUUGAGGUGAAUGUUCAGAAAAUAGAGCAAGAAAAAUCAACAAAGGAUCAUCAGAUCCGCACUCUCAACGACGAGAUCGCCCACCAGGAUGAGCUCAUCAACAAGGUCAACAAGGAGAAGAAGCAGCUGCAGGAAAUGAAUCAGAAAACAGCUGAGGACCUGCAGAACAUCGAGGAUAAAGCCAAUCACCUGAACAAGGUCAAGGCCAAGUUGGAGCAAACCCUGGACGAACUGGAGGACUCAGUCGAGCGGGAGAAGAAAAUGCGAGGGGAAGUCGAAAAAGGAAAGAGGAAAAUUGAGGGCGACCUUAAACUGAGCCAAGAAGCCGUUGGCGACAUGGAACGCAAGCACCGAGAACUAGAACAGACUAUUCAGCGUAAGGACAAGGAGCUGGGAUCCCUUGCCUCUAAGCUCGAGGACGAGCAAGGGCACGUGUCCAAAGUGCAGAAGUCCAUCAAGGAACUCCAGUCUCGCAUUGAGGAAGUCGAGUCCGAGGUCGAGCACGAGCGCCAAGCGCGAGCCAAGGCGGAAAAGUCGAAGAGUAAUCUGUCGCGCGAGCUGAUGGAGCUCAACGAGCGUCUGGACGAAGCCGGCGGCGCCACGGCUGCUCAGAGCGAGCUCAACAAGAAACGCGAGACCGAGUUGGCCAAGCUACGCAGGGAGCUCGAGGAAUCCGCCAUCCACCACGAGGCGGCCCUCGCCGUGCUCCGCAAGAAGCACACCGACGCCAGCGCCGAGAUGUCGGACCAGAUCGACCACCUCAACAAGUCGAAGGCCAAGAUUGAGAAAGAAAAAGAACUUCUGAGGUAUCAGGCAGAGGAGGCAAAGGCAGCAAUGGAUUCGCUCACCCGCGACAAGGCCGCUGCCGAAAAGGCCAACAAGGGCAUUCAGAAUCAGAUCCUGGAGGUCAGCUCCAAGCUGGACGAGGCCGCUCGCACGCUCAACGACUUCGACGCCGCCAAGAAGAAGCUGGCGAUCGAGAACGGGGAUCUUCUGCGCCAGCUGGAGGAAGCCGAGAGCCAGAUCCACCAGCUGAAUAACCUUAAAGCGUCGCUCACGACCCAGCUGGAUGACACCAAGAGAGCUGCCGAGGACGAAGGAAAGGACCGCUCUAUUUUGCUUGGCAAAUUCCGCAACUUGGAGCACGACCUCGAUGGUCUUCGCGAGCAGCUGGAGGAGGAGAGCGAGGCCCGGGCCGACGCCAACCGCAUGCUGUCCAAGGCCAACGCCGAGGCCCAGAUGUGGCGCGCCAAGUACGAGUCGGAGGGCUUGGCUCGAGCCGAGGAGAUUGAGGCCGCCCGCCUGAAGCUUGCCGCUCGUCUCGAGGAAGCCGAGUCGCAGAUCGAGCAACUUAACCUGAAGAAUUUGCAGCUGGAAAAGUCGAAACAACUUGUUUGCAGCCAGGUUGACGAAAUGCAGGUCGCAGUUGAUCAUGCUCAGAACUUGGCUAAUGCUGCCGAGAAGAAACAAAGAAACUUUGACAAAGUUGUAGCGGAGUGGAAGCUGAAGGUUGAACAACUUGCAGGUGAACUCGAAGCUUCACAGAAAGAGUGUCGCAACUACUCUACAGAGCACUUUAGAGUUAAGGCUGCCUAUGAAGAGAAUCUAGAACAGCUUGAUUCCGUGCGCCGUGAGAACAAAAAACUUGCUGAUGAGAUUAAGGACAUGAUGGAGCAAAUCAGCGAAGGCGGCAGGGGCUUCCAUGAGGUUCAAAAGACUUCAAAACGACUCGAGAUUGAGAAGGAGGAACUUCAGGCCGCCCUUGAGGAAGCCGAGACAGCCCUGGAGCAAGAGGAAAAUAAGGUGUUGCGUGGACAGUUGGAGCUUAGCCAGGUUCGGCAAGAGAUCGACAAGCGUAUCCAGGAGAAGGAGGAAGAAUUUGAAAACACUCGUAAGAGCUACCAGCGUGCAAUCGACUCCAUGCAAGCCUCUCUAGAGGCUGAAGCGAAGAGCAAGGCUGAAGCACUUCGCAUGAAAAAGAAGCUGGAGUCUGACAUCGGCGAACUUGAAGUUGCGAUCGAUUGCUCGAACAAGGCGAAUGCUGAUAUACAGAAGAGCAUCAAGAAAGCUCAACUUGACCUUCGAGAUUUGCAGGUUCGCAUUGAAGACGAGCAGCGCCUCGCUUCCGAAUACCGUGAACAGCACGCGGCGGCCGAGCGACGCGCCAACGGCAUAAACAGCGAAUUGGAGGAAUCCCGCACUCUGCUGGAGCAGUCGGACCGAGGGCGACGCCAGGCGGAGGCCGAGCUCGCCGACGCAAACGACUCGAUCGGGACUCUCUCCGCUCAGCACGGUUCUCUCGCGGUGGCCAAGAGGAAGCUGGAGGGGGAGCUGCAGACUCUGCACGCUGAUCUAGACGAGAUGCUCAACGAAGCCAGACACUCUGAAGAGAAGGCCAAGAAGGCCAUGGUAGACGCCGCCCGCCUGGCCGACGAACUCCGCGCCGAGCAAGAGCACGCCCAGAACCAGGAGAAAAUGCGCAAAGGCUUGGAACUCUCGAUCAAAGAACUUCAAGCUCGUCUGGAGGAAUGCGAAACAAAUGCGAUGAAGGCUGGAAAGAAGGCCGUUGGCAAGCUGGAAAGCCGCAUCCGCGAACUGGAGACUCAGCUGGACGACGAGAGUCGCCGUCACGCCGACGCCCAGAAGAACCUGAGGAAGUGCGAGAGGCGCAUCAAGGAGCUCAGCUUCCAGUCCGACGAGGACAAGAAGAACCACGAGAGGAUGCAGGACCUGGUGGACAAGCUCCAGCAGAAGAUCAAGACCUACAAGCGCCAGAUCGAGGAGGCCGAGGAGAUCGCCGCCCUCAACCUGGCCAAGUUCCGCAAGGCCCAGCAGGAGCUGGAGGAAGUUGCCACUCGAGGAUAAGCAGGGCAAGCAAGUGCACAACUAUUAAAGUUGUAGUGAAAAUCAAGAGAGGUGAUUAUGUCGCCCUUUCUUAGUGCAGAAAGAAGGAAAGAAACGCUUAUCUUCCGUGUGGUUGCUGUCAGCCAUGGACCUGAUAGAUAGUGGAGGUAGUUUUGAAGUCGCUGAGGUGGGCCUAAAGAUGAGUGCUUUUCUCUAAGCGCUUUUCAGAUUUACAUUGGCUUAUGUUAGAAACCGUGUUCAGCAUUAAUAAAAGCAAUAUAAAAUUAAA